AUGAGCUCCGGAAUUCUCGGUAUGCGUUCGAAUAUGGAAAAGGUUUCAGUGUGGGAGAAGCUGAAGUUCAUCAUUGUUUGUGGCGUUGGCUUCUUGGCGGAUGGCUACUUGAACUCAUGCAUUGGACUUGUGGUACCCAUGCUGGGAUAUGUCUAUUUCAAAGAUUCCAAGAAUGCAGUUCCCAGUGACAAGGGCGGUAUCAUCAAGGCCGGGCUAACGCUAGGCAUGAUGGCGGGCCAGCUCAUAUUCGGCUUCCUUGGCGAUACUCUCGGCCGUCAUGCAGUCUAUGGGAAUGAACUCAUCCUUACCAUUUUUGGCACUCUAAUGUGUAUACUACUGCCCUGGAGAGGAUUAGUCCCCGAUGGAAUAGUGGCUUGGAUGGCCGUCUGGCGUGUCGUCACUGGUUUUGGUGUUGGUGGCGACUAUCCCUUGUCCUCAUCUCUUGCGGCUGAAAAGUCCUCGGACAGAAGCAGGGCGAAGAUGGUGAUCUUCACAUUCUACUUCCGAGGGCUUGGGGACACUAUAGUUUCGGCUUUAUUCCUUGUCUUGCUCGCCGGAUUCAAAGACCAUAUCGAAGCCGACGUUAACCAACUAGAUUGGGUCUGGAGAAUCCUCAUGGGUAUCGGAAUUGUGCCUUGUAUCUUGACGGUCUAUGCUCGUUUGGUGAUGGAAGAGACAAAGCCUUACAAGAAAUAUGUGCAGAGAGACAAUGGAGAGCAGAAUAUUGCAUCGCGGCCUCAAACUCGCAGUAUGCGAAAGCAAUAUCGGGAUUUUUGGAUAUACUUUUCGAGCUGGAGGCAUGCGAAGGUUCUCUUCGCGGUCUGUGCAGUCUGGUUUUUAUUUGAUAUCGCAAUCUACGGCCAAAAUCUCAACCAAGCUAUUAUUUUAACCAAGAUUGGCUACGCUCGAGGCUCGACCCCAUAUGAGAAGCUUUGGAAUAUAGCAGUUGGAAAUCUUGUUGUGGUAUCGACAAGUUAUUUACCUAGUUGGUUUAUUGGUAUAUUCCUUCCUGACUUAAUUGGACGCAGGGCCCAACAGCUUUACGGAUCGCUUCUCGUCGCUGUCAUAUAUGCCAUCUGGACAGGAGUUACGAACAACGCCAAUAAGGAUGGCCUGAUCGCUCUUUAUGCCAUAGCUCAACUUGCCAUGAAUGCCUCGAUAAACAUGACGACCUUCCUGCUCCCUGCAGAGCUGUUUCCGACGCGUAUUCGAGCUACAGCCCAUGGUGUUGCUGCCGCAAGCGGAAAAGUUGGCGCUGCCUUAACAGCUUUUGCUUUUGGUAUUGUUACCGACGAGAUUCAUAUCCAGGGGGUUCUGGGUUUGUUUACAGGACUUAUGGUUCUGUGUGCGCUUCUCACACUUUUGAUCCCGGAGACAAAGGGUACCACCCUUGACGAUUUAGAGAACGAUACGCUCUAUGUACGAGAAAGAGACGAAGCGGGAGACAUAGGAGGGACUCGUCAAAAGCAAACCCUCCAGUAA